AUGUUAUCAAAAGAAUUGGUUGCUGAUGUGAAACGAGAUGUGAUUGAUCAACUUUCUUCUUCACCAUUCUUGCUCAAGUUAUCCUCGAUCGAUCCUUCUUGGGACGAACUGUGCGUUGAACAGUUGAAGCGCACAAAACGGAACGGUUCUGUUAUCGAAAUUGCACGCUUUUUCCGCAAUAAGAAUCCAUUUCUGCGGACCUUCGUGGAAGAAGACGGCAACAUACACGCCAAGUCGUUUCAUGACGAUGUCAGGGUUUUGGUGCGAAUGCUGCGGUUUCUUCUGGAGCCGAAGUGGCGAUCCGAAGAAGAGAGUUGCCUUAUGCUCGAUAACUUCACUCCGAAAGCGCUCGGUUGGAUGUGCACUUAUUCCGAAGAACAGCUACCGAGGUGUCCAGUUUUACUGCAGGAGAAAAUUCGCGAUCUCCUCCUGCGCGAUUUUCCCAGAACCUCAACGUAUGUGUAUUCUCCGUCACUGCUCAAACCGGAGACAUUUGUUGAUGUGGUGGCUUUUCGAAGGGACGUUAUCACAACGUUGAAUUUGGGAGAAUUAGAGGUACGUCUACUUGCUCCCGUAUAA